AGGCAUGUUAUGGACCCUGAGCUCAAGACAGGGAAAAGUUGGUGAGCCCUGUCCAUGACUCUGCUGGGACAGGGAACUUUCUGGGGGGCCCUUUUGCAUCCCCCGCUAUAACAAAAUUACUAAUUUAGAUCAGCUGCUGAAAUGCUGCCUCUUGCCCUUUGGGCAGGCUAGAAAGGGGCUGGUAGCUAGAAUCAGGACCCCAAGUUCCAAGGCUACUUCCUUUGCACUUGCCUGGGCUGGUGGGAGCACGGUUCUGGCACGUGAACUGUCUGGAAAGGGGCAGGCAGCUAUCCCUCUGUUAAAGGCAAGCUAUAAACUGCAGGGAAUGUGCUCCAGCUGUGUAAGCAGGGGAGUGGAGCUGACGCUGCUGCUCCGAUAGCUCCAGCAGGGUCUCCUCCCACCUAAAUAAAACCUGGGUGCGGCUGGUUUCUACCCAAACCUACAAAGGCCAGGCCGGCGUGCAGCUCCUAGAGCUGAGAUGCUGCUGUUGUCACAGGAAGUUCCCUGCUUUGACCAGUUCCCUGCCUGGUGGGGUUGGCAUUCAGCUGGGGAAGGUGUGAAGUAAUGGGUAGGGAGUGAAGAUAUGGGAACCAGGUGCCUUUUCCUGUCCUGGGGGGAGAUGGCUGGAGGGAAACCCUGGGAUGGAAUCAAUACAGAAAGGGGGUGGGGAAGAACAAAAAACACAACCCCAAUCCUGAUUGUGGGCCCAGUCUGACCUGUGCCAAUCACAUGGCACAAAUGUGCUCCCUGGAUCCUCUGCCCCAGGCUGAUCUCCCAGCAUGUCAGAGCAGCCCCUAGGCUGCUCUAAAUUCCACCAGGCCCUCUUUCCUUGAUAAUACCUCCAUGCCAGGGGCACCCUAUUGCCUGUAUGCCAGACAGACUAGCUGUAUGCCAGACUGGUCUUCCCCAUCCCUAUGCCAGGGGAAUUCCCAGUCAGCGAACUCUGUCCCCAGGUGCCACACAAGUGCAUUUGUCUGCCUGCUCGCUUUUGACUGUGUAUUAAUAGAAAAAGAACAAAAUGAGCUAAGUAGCUGUAACCACCUGCUGGGGCCGGGCAUGUGAACUGUCUGUCGGACGCCAGGACCAGAACAGAUCAGAGCUGGAGCAAUAGAAGGGGCUAGAACUGGGAGUGAGGCACUGAAAUUUGGACCGGGAACACAGAGGCUGCGCUUCAGGAAAAUGUUCCAUGUGCUGAGCUCUGGGGGGCUGUGGAACGGACCACAGGGGAACCAUCCGCACUGGUCUGAUGGGACUGGUGGUGGAUGGACCAGCUGCGUGACCCUGGCUCUCUCCUCUCGGUCUCUGGGGCCUCGGCGCUCGUUUGGGCUGUCUGACAGAGCUUGUUACUCAAGGGCUUUUCCACAUCAGCCGUUCACCUUCUGCCUCCAAAAAGAGGAACUGUGCUGCUGAAGAAACAAGAACUCCUGUCUUCAACGUCUUCCCCGUGGUGCUUUGGGCACAGCUCAAUGAGCAGGAGGACACAUGCUGGGGUGACCGGCCUGCCCUUGUCAAGAGCCAGCUGCAGCCCCAUGGUGUUCCUCUGACCGAGGAGAGAAGAGAGCCCUGCUGAAUACUCGCUCUGCACGGCUCGUACAACAGCAGAAGACAGGAGAACGCUACUGCCGAUUCACUGUUUGCUCUGGAGGGAUACAUGGUGCUUGGUCUCUGUUAGCCACGGCCGGGUAUCUGGCAGGAGGAGGAAGCUGAAACCCGGAUCUGUGGGGAAAAAGAAAGAUGGAUCCGGAAGCUGAGGUCACCUACGCGGAUCUGAAAUUUCUUCCCAGAUCGCAGCAAACAGAUGUGAAGAAAGCAGGUAACAGUCUGCCACAGAAAGACCCUGACAGGUGCUUCUCAGGUGGGAGUCCCAGUGAGGGGCUUGGAAUAUCAACGUCCCCAUGUGUUACAUGUUACAUAAAGGGUCCCAAUCCAACUGGGCCAUGUCGUCUCAAGAGACUGGGCUCUAUUCCCGGGUCUGCCACUGUCCUGCUGGAUGAUCUUAGGCAAGUGCCUUUGCCUCUCUCUGCCUCAGUUUCCCCUGCCACCCUCUGCCUAUUUUGGCUAUUUAGAUUGGAAGCUCUUCAGGCCAGAGACUGCCUCUCACAAUGUGCAUGUAAAGUGCCUAUCACAAUGGGCCCCAAGGCUUCGGGGUGGGGGGGGUGGUCUCUAGACUCUACCUAACACUAAUAAUAAGCUCAGAUAAGACGUUCUCUUCGGGCCUCCAAGCACAGCGGGUUGCACGAGGACACUGGAUGCUGUAUCUAUUUCUGAAUGCUAAGGACCAGCUGAUGUAAAUUAACGUAUGCCGCUGGAGCAAUUGUGCUGAGUUGCGCAAGCUGAGGAUCUGGCCUAUGACUUUCUUCCUUCUGCUGCUGAUACUGCGUAGGGUCUGUACCAAAUGCAGACCAGUGUGGUGUGUGUGUGUUUGUUCUUUUUCCUUUCUCCCUGUACACCCAGAAUCAAAGCCCCCUGCCCAGAAGACGUCUCCGUGGGCUUGGCUAGCAACAGUGGUGAUUCUCUGCGUGCUGUUCCUGGUGGCGUUAAUUUCCCUGAGUAUCCUGUAUUCCCGGCUCCUAGCUGGCAACAUGCAGCUUCUAGAGGAAUCCGAGCAAGCCAAGAGCGAACUGCAGCAAGCGGAAGGGAGAUACUCCCAGUUACUGCAGUUGGCGUUGCACGCAAAGAUCUGCGCCCUGGAGUCCCCGUCCUCCAACACCUCAGAGCCCCGCAACAUCAGCUGUACCUUCUGCCCCUACCAAUGGAUUUCAAACAAAGGGAGGUGUUACUACUUUUCUCCAAGUCCUUUAUCGUGGAACGACAGCAGGAGCAGCUGCCAGAGGGAACAGGCCGAGCUAGUGGUCAUUACCAAUCGGGAGGAGCAGGACUUUCUCAGCAAGCAGCAAAGCCUUGAGGCUUAUUGGAUUGGCCUGACGGAUGUGGCCCAAGAAGGCUCCUGGAAGUGGGUGGAUGGCACUGACUUAAACCAAAUGGAGAAAUUUUGGUUCUCUCCCCAGCCAGAUAACUAUUACAAUGAGGACUGUGCGACUCUGACCACCAAACAACCCCUGCCACUUAACUGGAAUGAUGUCCCGUGCCACAAAUUUUUCCCCUACAUCUGUGAAAAGGCAGCCAACACUCUCACCAUCUAAGCUUCCUCUGACUCGGAACAUCUUGUUCACUGUGGCCAAUGAUGCAGCGUCCCCGAAUGCCGCUGGGCUCCUCCUGAGCCAGUUCAUCUCCUGCUGGACAAACGCUCAGUAGAGGGUGCUGAGGACUCACCUUUGCAGCUGGCUUGGCAGAAGCCACAGGCUGUCCAGUCCCGUUUUCCAAAGUGUAUUUUUGCCCAGAUCCACACAGGGUCUUCGGAGCUUAGCUCCUAGGUCUAGGCACCGCGGAGGUCCACAAAACCCCUGCUCAGCUGUGGCCUAACCUUGCAGGCACCUAAAUUCACUUGGCACCCAAACUUUUGCUCUAAAAAUCUCUCUAGAAUCCUAAAUUUUCUACCUCUGGGCAUGCCUGCUGCUGCAUCAGGCAGACACCCAGUGCCUGCCUCCCAGCACAGAGCAGGUGCAGGGAGGUGUAAUGGAAGGCUAGACUGUAUUCCGUAGUUCAGCCACUUGGUGAUACUGUGUGAGUAAUCCUUAUUGAAGCUAACCUCGGCCAUACUUGGCCGUCCAUCAAAGAUCUUGUAGUGAACACGGCUGGUGUGAUCUGUCUGCGAAGGAAGCUCUGUAGCCAGUCCAUAUGUGGUGCAGAAGCCGGACCUGCUAGAGGCAGCCCUGAAAUCUAGCAUGUACAGGGUGCACGUGAUACGGUAUCAGGAGUAAACUAGUGCCAGAGGGGAACAGUAACAGGUGGUGGUCUCUGAGCACUCCUGAUUCUGCACAAAAGGACCGGUGCAGGAGGAGGAUUCCCUGAUAACUCUAAGCCCAGGGGUAGGGCCUCUCUCCCCACGUAUUCAAUGGGCAGCCCAGGAGCCAAACCCACGAUUUGUGGAUUCCACUGAGUGGCUAGGUAGUUAGGUGUUGCACCCCCAAGGUCCCUUAGUGUAUCCAGGCCUUUAGAUACGCCUGGUUUUCCUUCCCCACCCCUGCUUUUUACAGCUGCGUUUUGGUGGGGUUUUUCUUUUUGAAAAUAAGACAAAGGGAGUCUAAUAUUUAAAAAAAAAAAAGUGUUGGAGGAGGAAAUGCAGGAAAGUGUCAAGCCAGAUCUCUUCAGCUUUGCCCCACGUCCUGUCGGAAUCAGUGUCUCUGUGUGUGUGGUUUUUACGGUGGUGGCCAUGAUCCCUGGCUCUUAGCAAUAAAGUGACUUACACAGGAGGUCAGUAUCACAAUUUUACAGAGGGGGAAACUGAGGCAAAGUGACUUGCCAAAGGUCACCUAGCAGGCCAGUGGCAGCACGGGGAAUAGAACUCAGCUCUAGUGAAUUCUAUCCCCUGUAUCAGAGACCUGGGUUCUAUUUUCAGCUCUGCCGUGGACUUGAGCAAGUUACCUCUCUCUGUGACUCAGUUUCCCCGUCUAUAUAAGAAGGGGGUAAUGAGGCUGUGAGGCUACAGCCACUUGUGUACAGAAUGCUUUCAGGAUGGCAGCACAGAUUUAUUACUGCUUGUGCGCACACAAACUAUUUUGAAAGAAUUCGAAGGUUUCAGUAUCAAGCAUGUGACAGUGGGGAAGUCCCAGACUGGAAGCUGCUUGUUGCACAGUGUGAGUGGAGAGCUGAUCGCCUGCAGCAGCAAACCAGGAACAAGUGAUGAGAUCCAAAUAGAGAUGGGAUUUGAUGACUUGAGAGCUGCUACCCUGGACAAACCUGAAUGGAUUUUCAGUGAUGCAAAUCACUUCCCUGGCCGAGUCCCCUGCCACGCUUCUGGGAGGAGAUUUGCAGAGCACUUUGCAUGCUUGUAAGCAGGACUUUCCCAAGACCCUGAUUCAGCUCUUCUGCGGUAGGAAACAUCUGCAGCAAAUGGUCUUGCCCCCCAGCAAGCUGCAGUUCCUGAAGAUGAGAGUUUCCUCCGUGCUAUAAUAGCAAGGGGGCCACAUGACACUGACUCCAGGACAAGGCUGACACCGUCCCUUCUCCCUCCCCUGCUCCUGCGACUGGGUUGUUCUUGAGACACUGAGACUUGGCCUCAACACGUGGAAGGCCUUGCAGUUAAAGCCUUAGAGCCGAGCAUGAAAUGUAAUGGCCACAGAGGUCUUUCCUAGGGAUGCAAUGACCUUUGGCACUGCUGCAAUCUACGCUGCUGUGCGGGUGAACGAUCAAGGAACAUUCAAGCAAUGGUUAAACCCAGGGUAACUCAGGAGUGCCGGUUACAAAGGGCAGCUACAGGCUCCAGCCCUUGAAGAGGCUUUUGGCUUAUCUAAAAAAGCCAGCGUUGCUCCUUUCUCUAUAAAAUAAGAUUUAGCUGCAUCCCACUCUCACAGAGGGGAGUUGUGAAAUGCCCUGAGGCUUCCCCGAAGCGUGAGAAUGAGAACUAGCUGAUGGGCAACCAGCAGGAGGGCCUCAAAGGAAGGAAGUGGAAUUUUGAAAUAUAGCUAUAUUUGUCCUUCACUAACUUGGGGCGCAAUCCAGGUGUUGCAUAGCUCCAGCUUUUCCAACCUCUAACUGUUUCAUGGGCCCAGUUGCUGCCGGUCUAAGGCAGUUUGGUCUCAGAAGGGGAUGCUCUUCUCCUCUCUAGGUCAAGCAAGCCUGUGAGCUCAAGCAGGAGGGCAGACCUGGCUUCUGACUUUAAAAAACACCAGAAGUCAGAGCAUUUCUGAGACUUCAUUAUGAUGAUGGUGUUUGAGUGGCCUGAAGAGGGGGCUGGUGAGCAGUGCUCUGAAAAUGCCAUUCAUUAUGACUAGGGCCCUAACAAAUUCAGGGUUCAUUCUGGUCAAUUUCACGGUUGUAGGAUUUUAAAAAUUGUAAAUUUCAUGAUUUCAAUAUUUAAAUCUGAAAUUUCAGACUGUUGCCAUUGUAGGGGUCCUGACCCAAAAAGGAGUUGAGUGGGCGGGGGGGGGGAGGUGGUUGCAAGGUUAUCGUAAGGGGGAGGGUAGCAGUACGGCCACCCUUACUUCUGCGCUGCUGCCUUCAGAGCUGGGCAGCUGGCAUGGUCUCGCCAUCCUGACUUCUGCACUGCAGCUGGCGGGGCCCUGCCUUCAGAGCUGGGUGCUCGGCCAACAGCCUCCGCUCUCCAGCCACCCAGCUCUGAAGGGUGGCAAUACCAUGACCCUGCCCCCCUAAAAUAACUUGACCUCCCCCACAACUCCCAUUUGGAUCAGGACCCCCAAUUUGAGAAAUGCUGGUCUCCCCUGUGCAAUCUGUAUAGUAUAGUGUAAAAGUGCCCAAAAACCCAGAUAUCACUGGGGGAGACCAGAUUUCACGGUCCGUGCUGUGUUUUUCAUGACUGUGAAUUUGGUAGGGCCCUAAUUAUGACAGUUGCAUCUGGAAGGUCUAACCAAGAGUUUGGCUCCAGGGUGCUGAGCGCUGUGCACACAGCCCCUCCAUCCUACAAGAGCUUGCACUCCAAAUAGACACAGAGAAACUGAAGCAGAGAGAAACUUGAUCCUGGUCACUGAGCUAGUGAGUAAUAAGAGCAAGGAAUAGAAGCUGUGACUUCUUCUGGCAAACCUGCCCCUACUCACUGGACCCUGGGCCUUCCCUCAUCAAGUUACUUGUGCAUAUUGUCAGACUAGCUGCUUCAUUUCUUUCUCGAGGAUUCAAAUUGUAAGCCUUUUACCUUGUGGAAGGGGAAAAAAUUACACACUCCCAUAUUUGGCCUUUUCUGACACUUUAAUCGUUAACAACAACUUAUCUACAUAUUUCAGCAGCUGCCAAAUAAAAGAGAGAAUUAAGUCACUGCCA